UAAAAUAAGACGUUUCGGCGCAGAGUUGUUGUUGGGUUGUAAAUGUUGGGUGUAAACAUUAAUGCAAAAAAGCAAUCUUCUGGUUUUCAGCGCGCACGCAAAAUAAUACUUUUUUUCUUAGCGGUGGAGAGACGCCACGAAUUUCAUAUUUAGAGAUAGAUGUGAAUUUAAAUAAAACACAAAAUGCAAUCACCGCAAGUCCCUAGCCGAAAUCCACUUCUUUACUGCCGACUUUGUCUGUCACAAUUAAAUCUACUUACGGUGCUGCAAGAUAACGAAGUUACACACCACGACGAACUACUCCAACGAAUGUCCAACUAUGUAAAAAUUGUUCUUAUACCUCUGGAGGAUUUUCCAUGUGCUAUUUGCGGUGUGUGUAUUGCUCAGCUGAAUGGAAUUCAUGAGUUCCAGCAAACGGUUAUGCGGAAUCAUAUCGCUGUGAAGGAUUAUCGCCGAACGUACGGUGAUGAAAUCAUUUAUCCCAAACUGGAAGAAGACGAUGUAAUCCUUAUAGAUGUAUAUGACCUCGACCCACGACUCACUGAAAUCAAAGAAGAAGAAUAUUUUAUUCAGGAUGAUGUUCCUGAAAUUGUUUCUGGUCAAACUGUGGAGAUUGUUAAAGAUGUUGAUGUUUACCACAUGGAUGGAGAGCUUAAAACGGUAGUGGUGAAGCAGGAAAAUUUAUCACCAGAGCAUGAGGUGACUACUGUGACCAAUGAAAAAGUUUGCAAUGAAAACAAAAAAGCUAUUCUAAGCAAACCUUCAACUGUAAUGCCUCAUAUCAACAUCUUGAAUAGAAGAGCGAUAACAUCGACAGUUCCGAAACGACCUCCACCGGAAAUAACUUCAAAUUUAAAAGCUAUGGUUCAAGAAAAACGAAUAAAAGUAUCGGUGCUUAAUGCUUCCGCCGUUGUGAAAUGUUCGCAGUGCGAUGCAGUGUUUCAAACCCAGAAAAAUUUGGCUGUUCACGAGUCAACUGAUCAUCGAAAAUCUGAUACCGAUGUAAUGAAGCCAUCGAUGCAUGCGAGCACAUCUUCGUUACCUACAAAACUAAACUCACAAGUCAUACAAAAUCGCCGAACGCAACGUAUGGAGUUAUUCAAAUGCAAUCAGUGUAACAGCAGUUUUAUUCAAAAGGCCAAUUACGAAAAGCACGUGAAAUCUUGUCAAUCUUCUGUUUUAUCAAAAUUGAAUACCUCACAAAUAACAAUCAAAAGAACUACAACAGUAAACCCGAAUCACCGAAAACCACAAGUCACACAGUUGAACCAAACUUCUCAUUCAAAAAAAUGCGAUGAAUUAGAAAAUCGAAUUCGCUGUCCACAGUGUCCUCUGACAUACAAAAUUAAACAUUUUCUCAACAAACAUCUCAAAGACGUACACAAGGUACCUGACAAUAAAGAGGUGCACUAUUGUUCGAUUUGUCGGUUGUACUAUUCCUGUAAUGAAGAUUUACAGCUGCACAUCCGAGCGAUACAUCGGUUUCAUUGCCGUCAAUGCAAUGGUGAUUUCAGAAAGUGCAUGCAUGCCCAAAGUCAUGUGCAAGCUAACUUAAUCAGAGUAUCAAAUAAAGAAAGAAUGAAAUAA